AUGGAGGGAUGGAGCGGGGAUGGGAUGGAGGGAUGGGAGCAGGGACGGGCUGGAAGGGACCAGCGCUGGGGGCUGCGAGCAGGGAAGGCGGUGGAGGAGCCGUGCCUGCCAAGCCCGCGGGGCCGACGUCCUCGCCGCCAGGCUCCUCUCACCGCCGCGGGGCUGGGUGUCUCUCUUGCAGGCAAGUUCAAGCUGCUGGAUCAGGACCGGGACAUCCGUGAGCCCGUGCAGUAUUUCAAUAGCGUGGAGGAGGUGGCCAGUAUCUUCCCAGACCGUGUCUUCGUCAUGGAGGCCAUCACCUUCAGCGUGAAGGUGGUGUCGGGGGAGUUCAGCGAGGACAGCGAGGUGUACAACUUCACGCUGCACGCGGGGGACGAGCUGACGCUGAUGGGCCAAGCGGAGAUCCUCUGCGCCAAGACGGUGAAGGAGAAGUCGCGCUUCAACACCAUCCUGCGGAAGCUGGGCAAGGCGGCGCCGGCGGCCGGGGGCAAGCAGGUGAAAGGCAAGAUGCCCUGCCUGAUCUGCAUGAACCACCGCACCAACGAGAGCCUCAGCCUACCCUUCCAGUGCAAGGGGCGCUUCAGCACCCGCAGCCCGCUGGAGCUGCGCCUCCAGGAGGGCGCCCAGCCCGUGCAGCGCCUCUCACUCUGCGUCUACCGUGGGGCGCUGGCCCACGCGCCCGAGGACACGGCCGCCCGGUGCCAGGACCCGCUGGGUGCAAGUGGGAGCACCCAGCACGAGCACUCGGCGCUGCCCGAUUUCUCCGACCCUGACAGAGAGUACAUGACGCCCGACUGGGCCGAGCCCGAGUUCAGGACUCAGGAGCAGCUGGAGAUCCCCUACGAGGAGCUUUGGAGCAACCAGAGCCUGGAGAGCUUCUCGGAGCCCAGCAGCAACCCGCUGGGGCUGGGCUGCACCAACAAGGGGCGGCAGGACCUCAUCUCCUUCAGGGCCGUGUCCCCACUGGGCUCCCCGCACCGCCCUGGCGCCCCCAGGGAUGACCCUCUCGGGGACACCCCACCCCCUGUGCCACCCAAAUCGGAGGCGGCCGACCUCUCGGCCCUCUCGCUGGAGGAGGUGUCCAAGUGCCUGCGCUUCAUCGGCCUCUCCGAGGACGUCGUCAGCUUCUUCGCCCGCGAGCGCAUCGACGGCAGCAUCUUCGUGCAGCUCAGCGAGGAGAUCCUGGCCGACGACUUCCGCCUCACCAAGCUCCAGGUGAAGAAAAUCAUGCAGUUCAUCAAGGGCUGGAGACCCAAGAUCUAGCCGGACGCCUGGGUCCCCCCCGCCCACGCCGGCUCUGCUGGCGAACUCGGUGCACCUCCCGGGCCGUUUGCCCCACGGCCGCGGCCUUGCCACCGGUCCUGCCUGGCCACACUGGACCC